AUGUCACAAGAAACAUCACUAGGGCAUUAACAGCAUGCUCCAUUACAAAUUGAAAACAGAAUAAGGAUAUAUGUGAACAUUGAGUUCAAGGAAAGCAAUGUAAAGAAACACAUUGCUGUUUCAGAAAAGCCAACUAAAAACAUCAAGAUUCUUGAUUUGUAUCAGAAUGAUAGAUUCCAAUUUACCAAAGACUAUCAGCAAUAAUUACAGAUUUAACAAGCUUUGACUUACAAGCAAUUGGCAUAAUACUUCCCCAUACCAGUGCUUUCAUAAGAUAACUCCCAAUAAAAUCAAUCUACUAAUAACUCUAAUAAUGGAAUCCUUAUAGACUAAGCUAUUCUCUAGCAACUGCCCAUCAAUCAAGAUCAUGUGAGAGCAUCAUAAAUAAUCCCCUCAUGCAUUACUUAGACUUUCUCAGUUAGCCAUAAUUCUAGAAAUGUCAGUGGGUCAAGAGAUGAAAGUCAAAGUAGUCUCACAAUGAUGGGAGUAAAUGAAAUUCCAAGCUCCUCGUAAAUAUGUAAUGCUAAUAAUGAGAAGUGCCUUAUCCAGAUUCCAAUGCCAUUGGUGAAAAAAAAUAAAAAGAAAUCAAUCUAGAUUAUACCGUCCAAUAUUAAAAGGCCAAAUAACUCAAGGGCAAGACACAAGGGUAAGGAAGAAGACAAAAAAAAUUAGAGAUAGACAAGAUCAGCAAAGCAAGAAGCCGAUUUAACUCCGUCGGCUAAGGACAAAAAGCAGUAGCCAGCUGAAAAGCCUAAAGAAUCUGAAAGACCAAACGUUUAAAAGAGACAGAGUAGCAGGCUAAAAGAUGAUAAAUCAGACCUAUAGGAAAAAAGCAGAGAUAAACUUAAAGAUAAAGCAUCAGUAGAAGAUCAAAAGGAUCAUUCCUAAGUUAUUAAUAGCAUCACUUCCUCAAUGAGGGAAAGGCUAGAGUAGAUUAAAAAUGCUAAGAAAAAUACAAAUGAAGUCAAAGAAAAGCCAGAGUAAGAAUAGGGCUAGUCGCAAAAUACAAAAUAGAAGCAAGAUAAAGCCAAAGAGUAACCAAAGGUUAUCAAGAGUACCAUUUCACUUGAGGGAUCAUAAGUUACUUCCAACUUGGCUUUGAAACUUAAAAGACCAGGAACAAAGCUCCUCAGCUCUAUAAAUAGCUCAAGAAAUGUAAUCAAGAAGAAGGAUACAGCUAUAUCUGAAGAAAAAGUUGGAGCAAAUGAUAUGGAUGAAAGUUCUUAUGCUGCAAUGAAUGAGUUUGAUAGUCCAGAUAAGACUAAUUCAAAGUUAGACACUUUUAUGAAAACAAAUAAUCAGACACCUUAGGCAAUGUCCUCCCUCUCAAAAUCUAUAAGGAAUUCUCUUAAGCCAAUGUUGAAGAAGCCAGCUACUAUACUUAAAAGUGGAAGGGAUACUCAAACCCCAAUAAUGGAGCAUAGUGACUAAAUCAGCAGUGAUAACUUAAACGAGGCAGAACUGAAUUAACUAAUGUUUGAGGAGGACAGCUCUAGCGACAAUAAAGUCAAUAAUAUUAAUCAAAAAGAUGAUGGUGCCUGUGGAGAAAAUAGCAAGAUACUUAAGACUGGCGGUAUGGAUGCCUUUAUAAGUCAGUCAUAUAAUGUUGAGAGUGACAUCAAUCCUCCUAAUAUAAUAAUGAAUGAAAGCGAUUGA